CAUUCCGAUACGAUUCUAAGCCGUUCGUAUAAAAGGCACACGAAAUCGAAUGGUAGCAUCUCAUUUCCGAAUCCGAUUCCGGUGAAGAUAGUGCCUUGUUGUGCCCGUGCCUGAUCGUUAAGAUCCAAAAGAUCCUACCACCACCGCCGCACUCAUCAUCAUGCAGAGCCUUCAGAUUGUAUUCGUGGUGCUGCUGGCCGCUGUCUCUACGAUGGCUUUCUUCACCGAGGAGCAGCACGAGAUUGCAAAAUCGUUGGCUGAGCAGUGCCGUGCCGAGCUGGGCGGUGAGCUGCCGGAGGACUUUGCCACCAAGAUGCGGCUGGGCGACCUAACGCUGGACAGUGAAACGGCCAAGUGUACCAUCCAGUGUAUGUUCGCGAAGGUGGGCUUCACGCUGGAGAGUGGCGCGGCUAACCGGGACGUGCUGAUCGCCAAACUGUCCAAGGGCAAUCCCACCGCCAAGGCGGAAGCGUUCGCCGACGUGUGCGAGAACAACGAGGGCGAGACGGCGUGCGAUAAAGCGUUCAGCCUGUACCAGUGCUACCACAAGAACAAGUCGAUCUUUGACUAAGAUUCGGGUCACUGCAUCAACAUCACAUUCGCAUGCCGAGAGAGAGACACACACCCGCACCCACACACACACACAUCAUUCGUUAGACUGUUUGUUGAGUAAUAAAACAAGUUGAAGAUGUUUUUUUAUGCAAAGGAAUGCAGUUGGUAGGAUUAUUCCAGUGUUUGGUGGGCGUCGGGAAGGAAGAACUUCUGCAUGACUAAAAGCCUGAUAAAGUUGGCAUUUGUUUCAAUUAAUGGAUUUUGCUAGCCUGAGAGCCCAAACGUCAGGCGUAAGAUUUAUGGAUUACACGCUAAGAACCAUAAUAUUGCGUCAUGUACUUACUAUAUUCUUGUUUGGCAAGAAUCUGUCGGGAAAGGACCAGCUCAUAAAUCAGUUCCAGGAACGAGUUCCACACUCGAACGUUCGUUGCCGUCUGUUUGCAAGCAGCAAUACAUCAUAACAUGUUUCGCGUACGCAUCUUCACAAAGUAUUCACACAGUCCAUCACAGUCCGAUUGCUUAUCAGCCAGCUGGUAUCCGGUUUAGGCAUUUCUUUUUUUGACAAGAACAUCUAAACUGGCUGCAUGUGAAUUUAUUGCUGGAAGCUUUCAAACCUCUUCAAAACCAGUUGAAACGGUUGGGAGGAAAUGUGAACUCACCCCCGGCAUUGAUUGUCCAAGAUUCCAGUUCCCGCGCGCACGCCAGCUUCCAACGACACGAACGUACAAGGCAAUGUGAUUUUUACUUUCUAACACAUCCAAUAUGGUCGUUUUGUGCCCACACACGACUUGCUCGCGGUUGCCCACGCGAAUGCAACAGGUUAAACGUGUCGUUGUCCCGUGUAUCUUUGUUAUGGUGUAACCGGGUGGUGCCUGCCGGGGACUGGGCUAAACAGGCUCUCCUCCGAAAAGGAUACGGCGAGCUCCGAGCAAAUGAGCAUUUGGGCCCCGAGAGAGCGAGAGAAUUGAACUCAAAGCGCGCGCACACGCACGUUGUGCACGGUUUGCAAAGCCCCCGGUUAGGAAGGAACGGGUUUACCCUGUUUGUGGGAAAUGAAAGUCUUUUUUUGCACCGCCUCGCGUGGAAGUAACGGGAAAUGGAGUUCGUAUGUUGCGGCACGGUGGUUUAAGGGCAGGUUGAACAGUUACUUUUUAUUUUUAAUUGCGUUUUUUGGUUUUUAAAGCUCAUUUUUUGGGUUUUUCCAUAAAGAAUAAUCCAUCUUACACUUUAUUGACUCCUUCUUACGUGAAAUGAACUUAAUGUAAUGGGAAUUGGACUCACUAGCACACUUGUUGGACAAAUCCAAUAGGAAUAUCCAAGAACUCCAAUAGAGUCCAAUUUCAUAUGAAGUUCACUUCCCAUAGGAAAGAGUCAAGGAAGUGUCCUACAACUAUGAGAACUCCUAGAAAACCCUGUAUUGCGAUGAAUUGAAAGUAACGCUAAGAAAACAGUUAUGAGGUGAAAAACGUAAGGCAAAUUGCAUACUUGCAUGCAAAAAUUUAUCCUGUAUGAGAGAACAACGCCCUAAGUUAUGCAAUUUGCAGUACAAAUCAAUGUUAUUCUUGUUGAAAUAUAAGAACUUUUUUAAAUUUGUUUGCACACCACUGGUAAAAAUAUAAAAAUACAAUACCAAUUG